AUGAGCUUGCAUCCCAAGGCGUACCCCUUGGCCAAGGGGUCUUCGCUUGACGGCGCUGUUGACCUCAGCGCUGUCAGACACGGGUCGGCCUCUCCUCUCGUCAGACUCUCGGCAUCUGGAAAAAGACUUGGGCUGGCCUCUCCUCUCGUCAGACUCUCGGCAUCUGGAAAAAGGUGCCGGGAGUGUGUCUCCUUCUCUACUGGAUGUGGCUUGGGUGUCCCCCUGCGGGACAUAGGGUAUGGAUCUCAGAGAGUGAUUGAAAGCACUCUCGAGGAUGCCUACUCCUGUGUCCUUGAAGGGACCUCCUCCAAGAAGAUCACCCUGGCCAUCACUUGGCCGGGUUACGCACAUCUUGGGGAAAAGAAGUACACUUUUGCCACGCCCCCUACAAAAUUACAACUGGCUUGUGAGAUCGGACACGCGUUCAGCGUAUUUCUCCAUACCCAUGGGAAAUUCGAGCAGUGUGGCAAUGCUCAGUCUGAGCUGUCGGUCAAGGCAAGCCGCAUCGGCGUCGAAGACAUAAGCCUUCUGAACCGCGAAUGCGACAAUGUUCCCCCCCAGAACAUCUGCCCACCACCGCCUUUAUCGACCAUCCUGGACGCUCGCCCUCUCCAUCUGUACACACCUCGAGGCGACUGCGGACUCCGACCUCAGCUGCACCGGCUAGAGCUGAUUCUGACGAACAUCCCCAAGACACAGAGCCGAAAAGCGAUAUGA